GACGUAUUCGACGACACAUGGGCGAAGAUUCAAAAUGGCGGCCAUCGGUAGCUUGAUUAAUGAAAGUCAGACAAGUGAUAUCAAAGUUGAAGAAACUCUAGGAAAUAGCUCUGAAAGCAACUCGACUCCCGAAGAUGCUGAAAAUGGCCGCUGUAGCCCAACUUCGUCCGAACGCAAAACCGAGCACAGAAAGAAGAAGAAGAAACAUAAACAUCACCAUAAACAUAAACACCACAAGCAUUCAGAUGACGACAAAGAUCGUAAGAGAAAACAUAAGCACAAAAGAAAACAUCGCAAGAAUUCAACUGAACCAGAGCCGACAGGCAAGAAGAUUAARUUGGAAGCGAUCGAAGGCGAACUGGAGGAGUUAGAGAAACGUAAAGCAUACCUACAACAGCAACUCGAAAAUGAUAAACAYAGUACCUCAACUCUAUGUAGCUCGUUAGAUAAGAAAAGUUCGUCAAAGAGAGAGAAACGUGAUGAUGAUGGCAUUGAGCGACUUAGGGAAUCCACAAAGCUUGACAAGACGUCAUAUGAAAGAGAUAGCAGAGCGAAGGAUCGAUAUCACAGAGACUUUUCAGUUUCACCAGAUAGGAAUGUAAGAACACUAAGAGACAGUGAUCUGAAGAAACGAGAACACAAGCAGAGAUCACCUGAAAGACACAGGGAACCCAAAUCGCGAUCACCAGAAAGACACAAAGAACGCAAAAUACGCUCACCGGACAAGCAUAGAAAGCGGAAGUCACGAUCACCAGAAAAGCAUAGGAGCUUUAGGGAUAAUGAUUCUAAAAGAAAGGAACAGAAAUCCAAAUCUCCAGAAAGGCACAGGAGUGAAAGCCGCACUUCACGAGACAGGGACUACAAAAAUAGGGACUCUUCUGCCGAUAGAGAAAGAAAUCGCAGAGAGAGGUCUGGAUCUACAGAUAUUUUUGGUCGCUCUAAAGCACUCAAACAGGUUUCAAGUAAUAAUAUCAARGAAACCUUACAGAAAGAUAAUUCUGAAGCUAAAGAAUCAUCUUGUUCUGUARACAAUGCUAAAGGRAAGGACAGAAGUAGAAGCAGUUCAAAGGAAAAGGCAGAUCAAAUGGAAAGGUAUGGUUCAACAGAACACUGUGGCCGCUCAAAAGAUUUGGCUAGAAAAGUCUCUGAACGAUCAAGUCARUCCAAAGACAAAGAAGCUGAAAUCRCAUCUAAGUUUAAUUCUACAAAUGAGAGAUCCCAGUCCAAAGAAAUAGAAAAAMCAUUCAGAUCAAACAAUUAUGAUAUUCCUAAAAAAGAGUCAAAUGCGCAACAUUCCAGAGAUAAUACCCCAGCAAAUGAUAAAUCACAAAGAACUUUCACAGAACAAGAUAAUAGYAUUCAAAGUUCUAGCACAAGAGAUAAAAAGUCUCCAUCAAAAUCUGAUUCUCGGGAUAGAUCGCAGAGAUCAAGAUCUCCAUCAUCAUCAAGAAGACGAAGAAGCAGAUCAAAAGAAUACAAAACCAAAAGGAUAGAUAAUGUACACAAGAGUCAUUCCCCACACCGAAGCUCUUCCCCUCGUAAAAGACCAAGAUCUCCCCCUAGAAAUAGAUCACCAGCAAGAACUAGGUCACCAGGUCAUCGACGUCAUGAUAGARGUAGGUCUCCUAGGAGAAGAAGGAGGCAAUCAAGAAGCAGAUCUCAUUCACCUAGGUCCAGACGUGACAGGAGAACRUCAGACAAGCAUAAAGGCAGUUUUUCUGAGGAAGCMCAAAAGGGCAAGGAUAACCAUAGUGAUGAAAUGUAUAACUUUGAGAUGGAAUCUGAAGAAGAUGAGGAUGAAAUCAUUGAACAAAGGAGAAGACAGCGUCAGGCAAUAGUAAACAAAUAUGCUGGAACAACAUCUCAACCAGUGUCACUAACAACAUCUAUAACAUCAAAAGCUUCCGACUCGGACAGUAGUAGCAGCAGUAGUGAUGAGAGCGAUGAUAGUAACGCUGUUGAGAAGAGAGCAACAGAAGACUUUGAGAGAGAUAUGGCUYUGUCUAGAAAUCAGAAGCAAGGUGAUAGCGACACUGUAGGUGUUGGAAAAGAUGAUAGUGGUCAUAAGGACGCAAAAGCAGAUCACAAGAUCAAUAAGCAAACACAAGAGAGCUCUAAGAAUGGAGACAUGUUUGCUGUGGAUGAUAUGUUUUCUGAGCAUUACAGUAGCCCUGGUGGUCAGAUGCURAUGAAGGUUGAUGCAGCAAAGGAAAAUCCUAACUUGAUGGAUAACUGGGAUGAUGCAGAGGGAUAUUACCGUGUUCGUCUUGGUGAGCAGUUAGACAAGAGAUAUAAUGUUUAUGGGUUUUCUGGUAGUGGAGUAUUCAGUAAUGUUGUCAGGGCAAGAGAUCAAGCYAGAGGYACACAGGAGGUUGUUAUCAAAAUCAUCAGAAACAAUGAAAUGAUGCACAAGACAGGUCUCAAAGAGUUAGAAUUUCUAAAGAAGUUAAACGAUGCAGAUCCCGAGGACAAGUAUCACUGUUUGAGACUCUUCAGACAUUUCUUUCACAAGAACCAUUUAUGCCUUGUGUUCGAGUCUUUAAGCAUGAACCUACGAGAAGUGCUGAAGAAAUAUGGUCAAAAUGUUGGACUUCAUGUCAAGGCGGUCAGAUCAUACAGUCAGCAAUUGUUCUUGUCCUUAAAGCUGCUCAAACGUUCAGGGAUAUUACAUGCCGACAUUAAACCUGAUAACAUAUUGGUGAAUGAAUCAAAGUUAAUGAUAAAAUUAUGUGACUUUGGUUCGGCAUCCUUUGCUCAAGACUGUGAAAUAACCCCCUACUUGGUCAGCCGAUUUUACAGAGCACCAGAAAUUAUUAUAGGAUCCAGGUAUGAUUACCCACUAGACCUUUGGUCUGUUGGCUGCACCAUCUAUGAAAUAUACACAGGCAAGAUUAUGUUCCCUGGUAAGACCAACAACGAGAUGCUCAAACUAAUGAUGGAUUUCAAAGGAAAGAUGCCUAAUAAAAUGAUCCGUAAAGGAAUGCUGAAAGACAAACACUUUGAUGACAGCUGCAACUUUUUACAUCACGAAGUUGAUAAAGUUACACAAAGAGAAAAAGUAACAGUCAUUAGCUCCAUCAAUCCCAACAAAGAGAUAGCAGAAUCUCUACUAGGCUUCCACAAACUUGACGAAGUCCACAAGAAAAAGGUUCACCAACUGAAAGAUCUGCUGGAGAAAAUUCUCAUGUUAGACCCAGUGAAGAGACUGUCACUAAAUGAGGCUCUAACCCACCCCUUUAUCACUGAAAAGAUUUAAUGGACUUGUGAUGGACAUACGAGCAAAAUCAGGCAUGAUUUUAGAUCAUUUUAAUAUGAUUCUUUCAUUUCUCACAAUCAACUUCUUGAUCAUACAAUUAUUGUGUAAUAUGAUUAUAACUGUGUGAUGUUUCUUUAUUGUCAAGAAAUGUGGAGCAAUGACAAGUAGGGAUUGAAAUAGGGACUAGAUGACAUGCAAUUUGAAAAUAUUGAUAAAACUCAAUCAAACCUAACAUUUGUUGCUGAAAGUUAAUGUUUAACUGAUUUUAUGGUUGAGCUUUCAUCAAUCAACAAGGGAUUUAAACACUGGUGUCACAUAAUACCAAGACCAGAAUGCUUUGCUUUGCACACUUUCGUUUGUUUGAUAAUUUAGUCCCCACGGAAUUCCUUGGUUAUAUUUCUUUGGUUUCUAUUCAAUUUUUAAUUCCUCUCAUUAAAGUGCACAUGACACCUUUUGGAAAAGCACUUUUGUGAAGAGAGAUAAAGAUUUUGAAUUGUAUUUUCUGUGAGUUAUAGACAUUUGAAAAUUGAAAAUGUAAAUGAAGUGACAUCAACUAAGGAAUUGGUCAAGACUUUUUAGAAUACAUUGUUUGUGUUAUGUUGUUCUUGUCAUCAGUCAUUAAUAGUAAUAAUCGAGAGCUGAAAAUUCUUUUUUCAAUGUAACAAAAAAAUAAUGUUCUCUUUCAUGAUUUUGUAUAUUAUAUCAUUCCUUAGUAGACGUCACGUCAUUUGCAUUUUCUAAGUUUCAAUUGCCCAUAACUUACAGGUAGGAAAUACAAUUGAAGAUCAAUUUCUUUCUUCACAAAUCUACUCAAAGCAUUUUCUCUUUUGGAUGAUUAAUGAAUUUCUAAUGGUGUAGUGGGCACUUCAAGAACAAAUUAAUUACAAAAGAAAGUAGACAGAUCGUUCUGGUCUGGUAGUAUAUGUGACACCAUCAGCAAAUCAGCUUCAAGCUUAAAAAGUAUACGGAUAUCUGUUGUUUAGUCCCUUUUUUCCCUUCUUUUAACUAGUCUCUUCUAAUAGCCAUGACUUCUGGUUUCAUCAAAUUUUCUCCCCAAUAGUUCAGGGAGGAAAUUUGAUGAAAUCGGAAGUCUUUGCUGUUAGAAGAGACUAUUAYUAGCUGACAUGGUGGGUUUUUAGUUAAUCUAGUAUGCUCACUAGCUGCUACAAUUAAUAUGCUAAUCCUUAAAAUAUAUAGUUUUAGGUGUUUAAGAUUUAGAAGUUUGCAGACUUUAAAAAGGUUAAACAUGUAUCCAGUCCACUGUUGAAUAACAGUCGUCAGAUUUGUUUGACAUGGCCAUGAUCAUAUAAUAUUGUUUUUUUUUAAUCAAAUUAGUCAAUAGAACACUUGCCUGUCAUGGUAGUCUUAAGUGUAUGCAUGUAUAGUAGAGUGACUAUAUAGUCCCACAAAGAAUGUAGUAAUACAUGACCUCAAAGUGAAAGUUACACCUGUCCCUUUGUUUAUCAUAUUCAUAUAAUAUUAUAUAAUUAUGAAUGUUCAACUACAUAAAAGAAAUUUAUACUACGUGUACAUGCAUGUUAUAUGUAUUACAUAUCAGGAAUGUUAAAGUAAGAAUUCACUGGAGUUUUUGAAAACAGAAAUUAUAUCUUAGUUUAUAUCUGUUCAAAAAUUCCAUUCUCUGUAGCAUUUCAAAAUGCAUUCUGUACUUGUUUUUAAACUGUCAUGUUUUUUUUUUGUUUUUUGUUUUUUGUUUUGAAUCAAAAGAAAUAUCUUUUGCAAAAAAGCAUAAUUUGGCAUAUUAAUUAUUUAAUAUAAUUGUUUUUCUUGUGUUAAAUAAUGUAAUCUUGUUAACUCAAACAUCCCACUCAAUUGUGCCAAUGGGGAAUACAUAAUAUGAUAAGUAUUGAGCUAUAGCAGUAGUGGUAAAGUGGUUGUAAGGUAAAUGAUAACACUAUAUUGUGUUAAUGUUCCUCUAUUGCAAUGUUUUCAACUACAACUUUCAAAAACAUUUAUUCUUUUGAUUUGCUUCACUCUUCUUUAUUAUGUCUGAGUUUAUUCUGAAGUUUGUAAAUACAUGCAGGUAACAAUAUAUUCAUCACUUCCAAAUUGUUCAAACUGUUUUAACUUUAAUAUCUAAAAAAUAAAAACAACUUAACUCUUUGACAAAACUGCAGUCAUUGAGUUUUAAUUAUCACUUUCAUGAUUUUGAAUAAUACAUGUAUAAUAUCUUCACAUAGAAAACACUCAUUUUGUAGACUAACAGACUAUAUAGAUUACUUAAACAAAGUUUUUGCAAUAUGAUUUUUUUAGAAUCUUUUUCUUUUAUCAUUUCAAAAUCAAAUUAAUUAUGAUUAUUAUCAGACAGUGAUACAGGAAUCCUACUUAUCACAGAUAAAGCUCUUAGAUACUGUCUAGAAAUGAAAAUUGAACUAUUAAUAACAGUCUAAAUUGUUUAAACUCAUAAAAUAAAAUAGUUGUUAUUACUAUGAUAGUCUUCAACUUUGCUGCUAGUGUUGGCAGUUAACCCAUAAAGCAUUCUCAGACCAGCAGUUCAGGACGUGGCAAUCCCAAUUUGGAAGUACAGAAAAAUGCAAACUAUAUAUUAAAACUAUAUUUAUUUAUCAUAUUCAUUGCCAAUGUUGAUGAAGUUGAAGAUUUACUACUAAUACAAAAACUAAAUAUCAAUUUAAAUUACUCUUUGUCUAUCCAGUAUUAUAAUAAGACAUCAUUGACAUCACAUUCUACUUCUCAGAACUUCUGGUCUGCAGAUGGUUCAUUGGGCAGACUGUUCAAUGCUCAAAAUCCACUGUUCUUUUUUCAGAUUUAUGUAAUAAAUAUAAUUAUUUUGAUUGACAGUCUUCCAUUACCUGCAUGAUUUUAGUUUGUAAUCAUCAUCAUCAGUGUCAGUUGUUCUUUUAACAGGGACAAAGACUUCAAUAAAGUACAUUUUGUCCUUGGCUUUGCACAGGGUAAUACAUUUUGUAAAUUAUUUCAUUCAUUCAGGGGUGGUCAAGAUGAAGUGGUAGAUUUAACUUGAAGUCAAAGAAAGAAACCUGUUUUGAUUCUCACUUCAGUUUGUCAAGUAAACAAAAAAAAACAAGAAGAGAAAAAUGAAUGAAAAAAUUUAAAGAUUGAAUAAGAGGGUAAAAAAGAAAAAUUGAACAAGUGUAUUUAAAGAUAAAGAGAAGUUGAAGCAAAAACAACACCAAAGUCACAACAAUCCAGUCUGACUAAUAGAACCACAGGAAUGCAAGUGGUGAUUCGCUGAUAAAAUGGACUGUGCCUGUGAGAUUUUGAUAAUAUCUGCAUGUUGGCAGUCAAAAGACUUAGUGUUCAACAAUGCCUGGUUUAAAGGAUCUUCAUUGUAGCUUGUUGGAAUACAACUCCAACUUGGAAACAGUUACAAUGGAUUUAGCUCUUAAGAACAAAAAAAAAAUGUUUGUUUCUCGAGAAAAAAAAUCUUUUUGUUUGUGCCCCAGAUGGAGUUUUGUUUGAUGUCUGAUAUAUUGGGUUUAUAACCAAAAAAAUGUUAUCUUGUUUGAUUGAAUUAUAUAUUGACAAACUUUUUCCUGUCUUUUUUGGUGGACUUGAGAUCCAGGCUGAUGCUCCUCACACACUGGAAUACAACAUGCAAUUUACCAUUAGGUGAUGCUUCACAGGUUAAGGUCAGAUGGAAUAACAACAGCAUAAGAAGGUUAGUGGCAUUAAAGACUUGUAGAAUUCAUUUGACCAAUGUAAUAAAGACCAGURAAAGAAAGAUAAAAUAGACUGAACAUGAGAUAAAAGACUGAGAUUCAGUUCUUCAAGAAGACUAAUGUUACUGAGCAUGGAUCAUUAAUAUGAUUGUUAAUUAUAUGUCACAAGAUUGUCUAAUAAUUAAAGUGUAUAAAAUAAUUAAAGUGUAUGUAUUAAAGUCAGCUGCGGCUGGAUCAA